AUGACAGCGAAAUGUUUUAUUCAACUUCUCUGGACGACCGGUCUACAAUGGGAUGAACCUCUCACUCCAGAACUUAGUGCAAUUUGGAGUAACUUUAUCUCAGCGAUACCAGCACUUGCAGACAUUCAGAUCCCUAGAGCAUUGAAAAUCUCUCCAAAUUCUAGUGUUGAACCUCACGGCUUCUCAGACGCCUCUGAACGUGGGUUUUCAGCUGUUGUCUAUGUACGAUGUUCCCAACCCAACGGAGAAGUGACUACACGUAUGGUUUUAUCUAAAACUAGAGUCGCCCCUCUCAAGAAGGUGACUCUUCCACGAUUAGAACUCUGCGCUGCCCACUUAUUAGCUCAACUCGUAAACUUCUGUUGUUCUUCAUUCAAACCCUUAAUUUCACUCAACCAAUGUUAUUUGUGGUGUGAUUCUUCAGUAACCUUGACAUGGCUUCAAACUCCAUCUUACAGGCUGAAAACAUUCGUGGCUAACAGAGUCGCCCAAACACAAGAACUUGUCCCCUAUCACUGUUGGCGUUACAUCCCUAGCAAGGAAAACCCUGCUGAUUGUGCUUCAAGAGGUAUUCUAGCCACUGAGCUUGUGUCUCACCCCCUUUGGUGGUCAGGGCCUUCUUGGCUUUCUCUUCCCCCUUCAAACUGGCCUGAUGUAACUUUUUCACCUACAGAUAUCUCAACAUUAGAUGAAGUAAAACACACUCCUCUAACUGUACUUGUGUCAACUACCACUGAAUCUACGCUGACCAAUCUUCUCAUUAAAUAUUCUUCAUGGGAACGACUUCUUAGGAUUUUUGCUUACGUCCUUCGUUUCAUACACAACUGUAAAGGUUCUGAAAAACGCCAAGGUUUCAUCUCAACACAGGAACUGAAAGACACAAAAUAUCACAUUUUUAAACUUGUACAAAAAGAAGUAUUCACAGAAGAAAUCAACUGCCUCAAACGGAAAUCAUUUUGCUCCACUCGUUUACAACGUCUUUCACCUUUCAUUGACUCAUUUGGAUUAUUGCGUGUUGGAGGACGUCUUUCUCAGACAUCACUUCCUGAAGAUGCUCGACAUCCCAUUAUUCUGCCAAAAAAGCAUCAUGUGGUAAAUCUCCUCAUUGACCACUACCAUAUCUACAAUCUUCAUUCAGGCCCUCAGCUUACUCAAGCAUUACUUUACAAACAUGUUUGGAUACUGUCUGCCCGUUGUGCCAUACGCUCUCGUAUCCAUAAAUGUGUCAGAUGUUUCAAAGUCAAACCUAGAAAUGUGUGUCCUCUCAUGGCUGAUCUCCCUCAGUCUCGUGUAACUCCUGCUCGACCUUUCCUCCACACCGGCAUAGAUUAUGCAGGACCUUUUACUGUAAAAAUAUUCAACCUCAAGGCAGUGAGACACAUAAAGUCAUACUUUUGUACUUUCAUCUGCCUCGUCACGAAAGCUGUACAUUUGGAAGUAGUAACAGACCUAACGACUGAAUCUUUCAUUGCUGCAAUGACUCGAUUUGUAUCUCGCAGAGGACAUUCUUCCGACAUUUACUCGGAUUGUGGGUCCAACUUCAUUGGUGCUGACUCUACCCUACGCAAGAUUGUUGAAAAAUCUCUUUAUUGUCAAGACUCCAAACGGAAGAUUCAACGAUUCUCUUCACUUAAAGGCAUCAAUUUUCAUUUUAAUCCACCAGCCGCUCCGCAUCAAGGAGGAUUGUGGGAAUCGUCUGUAAAGAAUGUGAAACAUCAUCUCCGUCGAGUAAUGGGAAACUCAGUCUUAACACUCAUUGAAUUCAUCACAUUGUUGACCCAAAUCGAAGCAAUGCUCAAUUCCCGACCACUGACACCUCUUUCAAAUGAUCCUUCGGAUCUCGCAGCACUGACUCCCGGACACUUCCUGAUUGGUGCACCCCUCACAGCAGUACCUGAACCUAAUCUCCUGACAGUUCCUGAAAACCGUCUCAAGCAAUGGCAGCUAGUUCAAGCAUUUCAUCAACGCAUAUGGCAUAGAUGGCACCUAGAAUACUUAAACAACUUGCAACAACGUACCAAGUGGACUCGGAAAUCAAAAAAUCUUGAAGUGGGUGACCUUGUUCUGGUACAUAUGGACUCACCACCUCUCUCGUGGCCUCUCGCUCGAAUUACAGCAGUUCAUCCAGGGGCUGAUGGGGUUGUGCGAGUGAUAGACUUAAAAACAUCAAGUGGCAACCUCAGAAGAUCUGCCCACAAAGUGUUUCCCCUGCCAACUGUGGAUUCGUGA